AGAUUCGAUCCGAAAUGAACGACACGUCACAGCAGCACUACAUUGUGAUGGAAAGGAAAGUUAUCGCGGCUCACGAAUACUUGAACAAGUUGAAAAGUCUAUUAAUUUUGCCAGAAAUAGGGAUAUGCGCGAGCAUAUCAGCACUCGUUGGUACGCAUGCGUGUUAUUCGGAAACAUGACGGAGAGCACGUGCAAUAAAAGACAGCUUUCACAAAUCAUAUAUAAUAAACACUGAAAUUUCUUCUCUAUUUGUAAUUAUGUUGACAAUAAAUCUUCUUCCUUGGAAAGGCUCUUUUGUACCUAAGCAGAGGCAGAUUAUUUUUUUAUCACUGUCUAAAAUGAAGGAGCUUCAGUUACAAAGAGGUUCUCUAGUGAUUUUAAGCUGCGUGAAUGGAGAACUGCUUUUCAAAUGUUGGCCAGUAUUGCAAGAAGAAUCUGAGGCAGUCUUACCUACAUUUGCCAUGUUCAAGCAUUACACAGGAUUUCAGCAAUCCAUUCAUUUAUUCAAAGGCCUCAUAUUUGAAGCAGAAAAUGUUGUUUUUUCCACCUAUAAAUAUAUUCCGGUAAUGGAUACUGAAGACUUCCUAUUGUAUAUAAAGAGAAAGCUUGGUUAUGUAUACCUUAAAGAAGGGAUGAUUCUGCAUUUAAAUUAUUUAGGAUAUUCUCUUGUUCUAACUGUACGGAAAAUAUUUUCAAGCUUUUCUGAAAAUAAAGAGUUAGACUCAGAAAAUAAAACUGUUUUGACUAUGAAUUUCCCAUCAUUAGAUGAGAGUUUUAGUGAAAAAGGUAUUAUUAAUCGGACCUUAGGAUUCCAGAGCUCUACACCGAUUUCAUCUCCAAGAACUCAAAUAAUACAUGAUAAUUCCAAGGCAAGAAAAACAUUUUAUUUCAUUAGUAAAAAAACUAGAUGUGUUGUUCAAAAUCCAAAUUCAGAGUGGCUGAAUAAUAGGUCUAAAUUAAAAGAUAUUGCUGGCCUAGAUGAACAAAUUGAUAUUAUCGAGUCAUCUAUCAGACAUCUUUUGAAUGGAGAUCUUGCUUUUGGUACUCAAGGAAUUUUAAUUAUUGGUCCUCCUGGAACUGGUAAAAGUUUUUUAAUAGAUACAAUCCAAAAUGAAUAUGGAAAUCUGUUGCCUAUUUACAACAUCAAGAAUAUUAUCUUUUGUAGUGGCUUUCAUCUUCUAAAGAAACUAAUAAAAAAAAUUGAAGCUGAAUCACCCAGUUUAAUUCUUACAGACGAUAUUGACAAGCUUUGUGAAAAUAAAGAUCUGCAAAAUGACUUUUCUUCCUUAAUAUACAAAAUACUGGAUUCAUCUGCCUCAAUACUGGUGAUUGCCACAUGUCAGAAUGAAAAUUCUAUUCCUGCAAAUCUGCAGAAACCUGGUUUAAUGGAUGAAAAAAUAAAAUUUACCAUACCAUCUGCUUCUAAUAGAGUUCAGAUAGCACAGAAGAUUUUAAAAAUGUAUGAAAAUGAUGUAACCAAUGAUCAAAUUUGUGAAAUAUCUAAUUUGGCUCAUGGAUUUACUGGUGGUGACAUAAAAAGAUUAUGUCAGGAUGCUUAUCUGAAAGUAAUUGAAGAUAAUUCUUCAGAGUGUCACAUUACUUUUAGCCAUCUCCAAAAGAGUUUCUUGAAUAUAAAACCUUCAUCAAUGGAAAAAAUAAGAUUAGAAGUUCCAAAUGUCAAAUGGAGUGAUAUAGGAGGAAUGAAUGAGGUUAAAGACGCUGUGAAAGAAAUGGUUGACUGGCCUUUGAAACAUCCAGACAAAUUGAGAAAAUUCAAAAUAGUUCCUCCGAGAGGUAUUCUGUUGUAUGGGCCACCAGGUUGUUGUAAAACAAUGAUAGCAAAGGCUUUGGCUUCAGAAAGUCAAUUAAAUUUUAUAAAUAUUAAGAGUUCCCAAGUUUUCAAUAUGUAUGUUGGAGAAUCUGAGAAAUCAGUUUCAGAAUUGUUUAAAAAGGCACGAGAAGCUGCACCUUGCAUUCUGUUCCUUGAUGAGGUAGAUUCAUUGGUUCCUGUAAGAGGAAGCACAAGUGGAAAUUCCAAUGUGACAGAUCGAGUUGUAACCCAGAUUUUAGUUGAGAUUGAUGGGAUUGAUGUACUUGAACAAGGAGUAAGUGUUAUAGCUGCUACAAACAGACCUGAAAGGAUUGAUCCUAGUCUCUUAAGACCUGGAAGGCUUGAUCGUUUAAUAUACAUAGCUUUACCUGAUGCAAGGACAAGAAAAGAAAUUUUUCAAGUAAUGUUUCGAAAAAAACCAAUUUCAUCAGAUAUAGAUUUACAAUAUUUAGUAGACAAAACAGCAAACUACACUGGAGCUGAGAUUUCUGCUGUCUGCCUUGAAGCUUCUAAAUCUGCUUUAAAAGAAGGGAAAUUUCUCUCUGCACCACCAGUCAACAUGAAACAUUUUCUUAUGGCUUUAAAAAGUGUACAGCCAAGAACAACUCAAGAAAUGUUAGAUACUUUUGAAAAUUAUCACAACAAAUUCAAGUUUAAGUAAUGAUAAAAUCCUUCUAUAUUUUGCAUCAAUUAAAUUAUACACUUGCAGCGAACCAUUUGUUUUAAUUUUAAAUUAUGUUGAAUCUUUCUAUUGAGAUUUCUUUAAAAGCUCUAAGCAUAAGUUUUCUAAUUGUAUUUCUUGACUUGUUAUCAAAUAUUUGAAGUUUUUAUAAUGCUGUAAUAUAUUUUUUAUAUUAAUAAUAUAUGAAAUAAACUUUAAUAUAUCAUAUAUGAGCUAUUGUAACUAAUUUGAAGUAGUAUAGCAUGAAAUAUAUUAAAGUUGGAUUUGAUUAA